AUAAUCACCUUACACUUUCAAUUUUGUAGUUUCAACACUUGUUCUUGAAUAAAUUACCAACUGUUUGUGUUCACGAAUUGCCAAAAAAUGCUUUCACGAGCCGUACGUAUGCGGUCGUCCAUGAUGCGCGGCUUGGCAACAGUCGCUGCGUGCACCCGAAAUCGACAAGCUCAAAGCUCUAUGCUUGAGUAUUUUAACGAGGUGCGACUGCUGCGCUACAACAGAGCAGCAACGCUUAUGCAGACACAGCGUUACUUCAGUCGGAAACGUGGAGAUGAAGAAGAUAUGAUGGCCGACGCAGAGCCAGAACUUCUAGGUGAUCAUCGCGAUUCGCAGCAGUUGCCGGCAACGGUUGCUGUGCCCGACGUUUGGCCUCACGUACCGAUGCUGGCGAUGCGUCGGAAUCCACUGUUUCCAAGAUUUAUGAAGAUUGUCGAGGUUUCCAAUCCGGUUAUAAUGGAUCUGCUGCGUCGCAAGGUGAAAUUAAAUCAGCCAUAUGUGGGUGUCUUUCUCAAGAAGAGUGAUGGCGAGGAGGAGAUUAUACAUAAGCUGGACGAUGUCUACUCCAUAGGUACCUUUGCACAAAUUCAGGAACUGCAGGACUUGGGCGAUAAGCUGCGCAUGGUUGUGGUAGCCCAUAGACGCAUACGCAUCACUGGCCAAGUGGUUGAAGAGGUGCAGCCGCCAGCAAAACCAGUGAAAAUGACAACUUUGCAUUAUCCACUAUUUAAUAUAAAAUUACGCAUCCCAGCUGAAGAUCAGACUAAUGCCGGCGCUGAUGAUGCUGCAACCGCACCUCGCAGUGCGCGGAAAGCACGCGGCCGUAUACCAAGAAGACAGACUGCCAAGGUAAGAGACGCAGCCGCUGCCGAGGAGCUGGCGCAGCAACAAACGUUGGAAGCACCGUUGCCCAGCGGACGUGUGGAGUCCACUACCAAGCCUGUGCCGCCUACGGAGAAGACAGCCACAUCAGAGACUGCUGAGGAAGAGGCAAAUGCUACGCCAAGCCCACCACCAGUGCUAGUUGUGGAGGUGGAAAAUGUCAAACAACCCGCAUACAAACAAACCGAAGAGGUCAAAGCGCUAACACAGGAAAUCAUCAAAACCUUGCGCGAUAUCAUAACCAUGAAUCCUUUAUACAGAGAAAGCUUACAGCAGAUGCUGCAUCAAAAUCAACGCGUCGUUGACAAUCCUAUAUAUUUGUGUGAUCUGGGUGCGUCUCUGUCAGCUGGCGAGCCAGCCGAGUUGCAGAAAAUUCUGGAAGAAACUGAUAUUCCCCAGCGACUGUUGCUGUCACUUGCGUUGCUGAAGAAGGAACUAGAGCUGUCACGCUUGCAGCAGAAGAUUGGACGUGAAGUGGAAGAGAAAGUGAAGCAGCAACAUCGCAAAUAUAUUCUGCAGGAGCAGCUGAAGGUCAUUAAAAAGGAGCUGGGAAUAGAAAAGGACGACAAGGAUGCCAUUGGAGAAAAAUAUCGCGAAAAGCUGAAAGACAAAACGGUACCCGAAAGCAUCAAAACAGUAAUAGACGAGGAGCUGACAAAAUUGAACUUUUUGGAAAGUCACAGUUCCGAAUUCAAUGUAACGCGGAAUUAUUUGGACUGGCUUACCUCGCUACCUUGGGGCGUCAUUAGCCCGGAGAAUUUGUGUCUUGACAAGGCCACCGAAAUACUAAACAACGAUCAUUAUGGCAUGGAAGAUAUCAAAAAGCGUAUCUUAGAGUUUAUGGCUGUGAGCUCAUUAAGGGGCACCACACAGGGCAAAAUAUUGUGCUUCCACGGACCUCCUGGUGUAGGCAAGACUAGUAUAGCCAGAUCCAUAGCACGCGCACUAAACCGCGAGUAUUUCCGCUUCAGCGUGGGCGGUAUGACAGAUGUAGCCGAAAUCAAAGGCCAUCGCCGUACCUAUGUAGGCGCCAUGCCUGGCAAGCUUAUACAGUGCCUUAAGAAGACGAAAACGGAGAACCCACUGGUCCUUAUCGAUGAAGUGGACAAGAUUGGCAAGGGCUAUCAAGGUGAUCCAAGCUCAGCGCUAUUAGAAUUGCUGGAUCCUGAGCAAAAUGCCAAUUUUCUGGAUCACUACUUGGACGUGCCUGUGGACCUGUCGCGCGUGCUGUUCAUUUGCACGGCGAACGUGAUUGACACUAUACCUGAGCCGUUGCGUGAUCGCAUGGAGCUCAUUGAAAUGUCCGGCUAUGUGGCAGAAGAGAAAGUAGCUAUUGCACGUCAGUACCUAAUACCGCAGGCUAUGAAGGACUGUGGUCUGACCGAGAAGCAGGUCAACAUAACCGAGGAUGCGCUUAAUAUGCUCAUAAGAAGCUAUUGCCGAGAGUCUGGUGUGCGUAAUCUGCAGAAGCAAAUUGAGAAGGCUAUACGCAAGGUGGCGUUCCGUUUGGUGAAAAAGGAGGGCGAAGAAUUCGCUGUUAAUGCUGAAAAUCUCACGACGUUCCUAGGCAAACAAAUCUUCAGUUCCGAUCGAAUGUACAACAUAACGCCCGCUGGCGUGGUUAUGGGCUUGGCCUGGACCGCCAUGGGUGGCUCUGCUUUAUAUAUCGAAACCUCUAGGCGUCACAUACGCCCUGAGAAACCCGAAUCCAACGCGGGCACACUGCAUCUAACUGGUAAUCUGGGAGAUGUAAUGAAGGAGUCUGCGCAAAUAGCGCUCACAGUGGCGCGCAAUUUCCUCUACACAAACGACCCAAAGAACAAGUUCUUGGAGCAAGAACAUAUACACUUGCAUGUGCCUGAAGGCGCUACGCCUAAGGAUGGACCCAGUGCGGGAGUGACAAUCAUUACAGCUUUGGUUUCUUUGGCCACAGGCAAGCCAGUGCGCGCGGAUGUCGCCAUGACGGGUGAGGUGUCACUCAAAGGCAAAGUACUAACUGUGGGCGGCAUCAAGGAGAAGACCAUUGCUGCUCGUCGCAGCGGCGUUACCUGCCUUAUACUACCCGCUGACAACAAGAAGGACUUUGAGGAAUUACCCAGCUUUAUUACCGAUGGUCUGCAGGUGCAUUUUGCCAACGAAUAUGACGACGUCUACAAGAUUGCCUUUGCGGACAGUACAGUACAAUCAAGCAGCAGCAGUGAAGCUAAAGAAACGCAACAGAAGAUUGCCGGCAUUGCUGCGGCGCAGUCAGCUAGCACGUAGAUGUAGAGGCUAACUUUAGACUUACU